GACGACGAAACGACCAAUCUCCACGAUUCCUCUCUUCUUUCUAACUUCCAGAAGCAAGUUGUAUUCGUCCUUUGCUACAAAAUAAGGUGCAAUGGCGAAGAUAAAACCUCAGGCUCUUCUAAAUCAAAGCAAGAAGAAGAAGGGUCCAAGUCGCAUAAGUAUUUCCACUAUUAUCGUCUGUAAUCUUGUAGUUGCUGUAGUCAUACUAUCCUUGGUCACAACCUAUCGCCAUUGGUCCCAAAGGUCAAGAAACACAAUUGAACAUGAAACUCAGAGUCAGAGAUUUGAGGACACAAAUACUGCAUCAGAGCAAAAAACUUACGACCUUCCUGGCUAUGCUGAUAUAAACACAUCAAAAGGACUUAUAACUGUCGAACUCUUCAAAGAAGGUUCCCCUGAAGUUGUGGACAAGUUUCUAGAUCUAUGUCAAAAAGAUCACUUCAAGGGAAUGCCAUUUCAUCGGGUUAUAAAGAACUACUUGGUACAAGCUGGUCACUCACCGAGCUCUAUACCUGUAGAAGAAUGGACAGCUAAAGGAAAGCUCCGAGGUCGCCUUCACAUAGGCCCAAAACAUGAGGCAUUCAUGUUGGGAACACCAAAAAACAAAGGGAACAACAAGGAUUUUGAGCUUCUGAUCACAACAGCGCCAAUCCCGGAUCUGAAUGAUCAGCUUAUAGUGUUUGGAAGAGUCCUUAAGGGAGAGGAUGUAGUACAGGAGAUCGAAGAAGUGGAUACGGAUGAGCAUUACCAACCGAAAUCGCCAAUAGGGAUCACUGGUGUUGUACUGAAACGAGAGAUAUGAAAUGAAAAUUUCUCUUCCUUGCUUCCUCUGUAAAUGAGGCUCACGCCAAAUCUUUCUUCAUACUAGCUUUUUGUAUAAACCCUCUUUUGAGGU